AACAGACAGCACACCCACUGGUGCAAACACUUCUUCUCCUUCUUCACAACAUUGGUGCGACUGCAGAGAGAUUUUGAGAGACGUACGUGUGGACAUCAGCAUUCGAAAAAGCUUCUUUUUUUUUCAUGUCAUCAUGCGCUGGUUGCUGGCUGGAUACUGUGGGCUUGCGUUGAUCAGUAUUUCAGUGGCCCAAAACGACAUCCUGGUGAUCCGCCAGACUCCCCGGUUCUGUGGUUUGAAAACCGGCCUCAGUUUGACCAUUCUUUGUCAAUACACCCCAAAGUCCAACCAGACAGUCACUUGGUACAAGGCAGCUCAGUACAAUGAAACAAAAGAAAAGAUAGAGGAAGGAAAAAGGACUAAAUUUCAUGAGGUAAUGAAUGACGCUGGCUUUCUGCGGAUCAAUGAUCUGCACAUGAAGGACGAAGGACUGUACUACUGCAAGAUAAAUGGAACGUGGGGACGUGGGACUGCGGUUCAAGUUGUCAGAAAAGUUGCCCGGCGCCAAACACUGUACAGGAGCAAGAUGAAGGAUGUACUCAUUGUCCUCCAGGGCUUGCUGUUGGCUGUGUGUAUUGCUGCUAUAAUUCUACGCAAACGGAAACUGCUGGAACAGAACGACAGCACAUAUGAGGAGCCUGAAACUGAUCACAUCUAUGAGGGCUUGGCAAUUGAGACAUGUGGAGGAGGUCUGUAUGAGGAACUGUCUGUGUACGCCCAGCCUGAAGGAACCGAGGCCCCAUGGGAGUGAGACUAGACUACUUUUCACCUCUACAGCCUCACAAUAAUGUAUAGCUUUUAUUUUUGAUGCUAAAAAUCAAAAUAAAACAUUCCGUUACAAUGAGUACUUGUGUGUAAGUGUGCAACAACAUACUUAUUAUUAUGUAGUCUAAAUUGCUUGCUAUAUAUUUGCUAUUGUUUUUAUGUUUUUUAGUGAGUCUGGGUUGAAUUAUUCUCAGAUGUGAUUAUUAUUCAGAAGUCCGCAGAAGUGUAAAUGAACAAUUCCAAAAAAUCAAACAUCUGACAUUUUUGGUGCUUCAAGAAGAUUUAUUUUCUAUAAAGUUGAGUGUGUGUAAAAAAGAGUGUUUGUGUGUAUGAUUUUAUAAUUUUUUUAUGUUAUGAUUUUUCUUAUCAGACUUGACAGUUUGAUUAUUUAAGAACAUGCUCAUCACUAAUCUUUGUGAGAGAAAAUGUCACUUGUAGUUCAUCAGAGCCUCAGCAAUGCUCUAUUGUUCUUGUUUGAUUAUAUUAAAGAAUCUGUAUGCCUUUUGUUUAUGUAACAGGGAAAAAAAAAAAUAAAAAUGUCCAUUUGCUGGAGAAAGUCA